AUGCUGAAAGAUGAGAGCGUUAAAGCCAUAAAAGUAACAAGAGUAUAUGAACCUUCGAUCACCCAACAACAGUCAUUCGCUACAAAUCGUGAAGACGGUGUAGGGGAGGACAUUGAUGACGACGACGUAGGGGAGGAUAUUGCUGAAGACUUCAUCGAAGAUGAUAUCAUGACGAGGGUGAACGAAGAUGAGGACUUCAGCAACGAAGAAGACUGGAGAACCGAGAUUCACCUUUACCUUGAAGAAGGUACGCUACCUGCAAACUUGAAGCAAGCCAGAAAGAUACAAUCAAAGGCAGGGAGAUACGAUCUUCGUGAUGGAGUCUUGUACAAGAAAUCCUUCCUCGGACCACUACUGCGAUGUCUAUCAAGAGAGGAAGGGCAUCGUAUUUUGAAAGACACAUAA